GUUAAGUGACAUAUGUCAAAACUCGAAGUUGAUUUAUAAAGAUGUACAUGUAUCAUCACAUAGGUAACAGGUUGCAUAACUUUAAUAAUAAUGACACGCGUUUGAUUGUUCACUGAAGCUAGACAUUUAUUGGCUCGAAUAACAUAUUCAGUGAUGUUGAGACACUGUGUUGGUAGCUCAUUGAUUAAGACAGUCGUACCUGGUGGCAGUUACCAUGGAAGCAAACGAUUCAGCAGCUCAGAUAACAGGAAGCCCAAGACAGGCAUCCUUAUGUUGAACAUGGGUGGACCAGAGACCCUUGACGACGUGCACAGCUUCCUGUAUAACCUCUUCAUGGACAAGGAUCUCAUACAGCUUCCUGCACAGGAACGCCUGGCCCCCAUAAUAGCAAAGCGUCGCACACCCAGGAUCCAGCAGCAGUACCAUGAGAUAGGGGGCGGGUCUCCCAUCAAGAAGUGGACCACCCUGCAGGGGCAGGGAAUGGUGGAGAUCCUGGACAGGAUCAGCCCUGAGACAGCUCCACACAAGUUCUACAUUGGUUUCCGCUAUGUAAACCCUCUCACAGAAGAUGCCCUGGAGCAAAUGGAGAAGGAUGGUGUCAAGCGUGGUGUUGCCUUCACCCAGUACCCACAAUACAGCUGUGCCACGACAGGAAGCAGUUUCAAUGCUAUUUAUAGACACUACCACAAGAGGGGUGUGGUCAGUCAGGUGGCGUGGAGCGUGAUUGACAGGUGGCCCACCCACCCGGGCCUGAUUCAGACCCAUGUUCAGCACAUACGUGAAGAGUUGUUAAAAUUCCCCCAAAAGGAUCGAGACGAUGUUGUCAUUCUGUUUUCUGCACAUUCCCUACCGCAACGGAGCCAAGAUCGAGGUGACCCAUACACGACGGAGGUGGCUUCCACGGUAACGGCCGUCAUGAAUGCCCUCGGUAACACGCAUCCCUAUAGACUCGUCUGGCAGUCCAAGGUGGGGCCUUUGAAGUGGUUGGAGCCUCAGACAGAAGAGGCCAUUGAGAGCUUCAUCAAGCAGGGCAAGAAGAACAUUCUACUGGUCCCGAUUGCAUUCACCAGCGACCACAUUGAGACUCUGUUUGAGCUUGAUCUAGAGUACGCAAAGGAGCUUGGAGAAAAGCUUGGUGCUAACAUUAAAAGAUCUGCUGCCCCCAACGGCAACCCAGUGUUCAUAGAGGGUCUUGCCAAUCUCGUGAAGGAGCACCUGGAGUCUGGUAGAUCCUGCAGCACACAGAACACUCUGCGCUGCCCGAAAUGUACGAACGCAGUCUGCGGGAAAAUGAAGGAAUUCUUCGUCCACCAGCAACGAUACAUCGUGAAACCCGAUAGGAUAGAAUCAUCUGAAACCGCUGCCAAAAAGAUAGCGCAGUCUGCAUAAAGAUUUUUAGCAGCGUUUUGGGAAAAUGGGGCUUAAUGAAUGUUAGCUAGGUGUUGUACUAGAUUAGUCAGUGUAGUCUGCUCAGGCAUAUCAGGGGCGACACUUUCAACCUAAACUGGAUUUUCAUUUAGAAGUGACAUCCUAUAAACAGGAAUUUCCAUUAAAGGGAAAUUGUCAUCCCUGAUUAUCCCAUGGGGUCUGCACAAGCUUAGCGAAGAUGAAACUGUAACCUAAUGCAAUAUGCCCAGUUUUUGCAGAAUGCUGCUCGUUUUAUGCAUGCAUGCAGUGAUUUUCUUCCAACUGCUUUAACCCUUUGCAUGCUGGGAAAUUUAUCGUCCGCUGAAAUGUCGUCAGCUGAAUUUCUACAAUUAGCAUUUCUGCGAUUUAAAAAAAAAAAUACUAUCUGAAUAGCAAACAGUUUGGAUCCUGAUGAGAUGCCACGUUUUGUGGCGUCUCAUCUGGAUCCAAACUGUUUGCAAAGGCCUUCAAAAUUCGGUUCCAGCACUGAAAGGGUUAAGGAAAAGUCCUGUUUAUAUUCAAUUGGUUGUGUCUUGUUGUGAAAAAUAUAAACAUUGGGAAUAAUACAGUUGUUGAAUUGGUUGUAAUUAUGUUACCAAGUGUUAUGUUGAUUGGGGAUAUUAUUGUUAUAUGGUUCAUUUAAAAACAUUGUUGAUUUCUUAGUUUAGUUUAAUUUUUUGGUUCAUAUUUAAGCUUAAUACAUAUUUGCAAUAUAGCAUGUAAGAUUUGUAUGGUUCUUUUCCAUUUUAAAAAUAUUAACAGUAUUUGGGAUCUUUUGACAGAGUUCCUGUGAAUCAAAGCAGAACUCACUGAAUGCAUUUAGAUUUCCAAAUAAAAUAUUUUUGAAGACACACUUUUUAGUCCAUUCCUUAUAAUUUUUCUGCUAUAUUUAUUUAAUAAAUAAAACCAAUCUU